CAUACACACACACACACCCUAAUAAUCACUCCCUGUGAUGCCAACCCGCCCCAUGUUCGGACCGCACGGCUCGGUUGUCUGAUCUAACAACGAACCCGGGAUAAGCGAUGGCGCCAACUCUCCUCUGUUCUCUGCUACAUUGUGACACAUGACGGUUUCUCCUCCUCCUCCUCCUCCUCCCUCCUCCUCUUCUUCCUCUCGUAUGAUCCGUGGUUCCCCCGGCAGACGUUGGCUGUGCACGGCGGGUCGGUUUGACUAUGAUCGGCGGUCAAGUAACACGGAGAGAGAAGUCUGACUCGACCUAAUCCAGCAGGACACCGGCUGAGGAGGGAGGAGGGGGGCGAUGAGGAGCACGAUGGCCUCGAUGAAAACACCAUUAUUCCUGUUUCUACACUGGGUGCUGCAGUGUGCUGUGUGUCGCGACGUCACCCUUCCCACUGGGAACCUCUACCGAGUCGCAGGGUUCCAACUCUCCGUGCCCUGUGUGGUGUCAGGAUACGAGGGCCCACGCACACAGGAUUUUGAGUGGUACCUGUACAGGGACGAUGCGGGUGGAAAUCAGAUAGGAGUGGUGUCCACCAGGGACAAGGGCUUCCCCUACGCACCCUUCCAAGCCCGGGUGAGGAACGGGGAGGUGAGGAUCGAGAGGGAUUCUGGGGACAAGGUCCGACUGGUGAUCCAGAGGCUCCGCGCCGACGACCAGGGGAAAUACGAGUGUUACACACCCAGCACAGACACUGCAUACCAGGGAAGCUACAGUGGCUCAGUAGUUGUCAAAGUGAUCCCCGACACGCUCCAGAUCAGCUUCACCCGCUCGCUCACUGGCCAGCCGGUGCCGGAGGGGGCCGAGUUAACCCUGACGUGCUCAUCCAGCAUCCGGUCGGAGCAGCUCACACAUCUGUCCAUCAUGUUUGGGAGGCGGGGCGGCGCCGAGGCCCCGGGGAGCGGAGCCGGAGGAGGGGAGGUCAGCACCGUCAGGGAGAUCAUCUCCAUCGACAACCUGCUGGGGAUCGUCCCCGGGCGCUCGUACAAGAAGCGCUACGACGACGGCGAGAUCACGCUGGAGAAGAGGAACGGGGGGGGCGGGCAGGACGUGUACCUGAUGAAGAUGAGGGCGGUUCAGCCGGACGACACCGGCUCGUACUUCUGUGAGGCCACGCAGUGGAUCCGGGACCCCGAUCGAUCGUGGCAGAAGAUCGCACAGAGAACGCUGGAUAUCGGCAACUUGACUGUUCAGCAAAUAGCCGAGUCCCUGAGUGUCACGUCCUCGCCCAGAGGGGAGGUGACCCAGCAGAUCGGCUCUCCUCUCAUCCUGACGUGUGAGGUGCUGGGGCUGCCCUCGGAAGUGACCUCCGGCCUGCUGGUUCAGUGGAUGAAGAGGGGAUCUGUGAGCAGCGAUGACGUCGGCAGCGGAGGAGUUGAGGUGGAGGUGGCCCGCAUGAGCACGGACGGCGUGGUGAGCUGGGGCGAUGACCUCAGCAGGGCGAGUGGCGGCUCCUUGGAGAAAGUGGCCGAGGGGAGGUACGCCCUGAAGCUCUUCUCCGCCCGGCCGUCCGACACGGGGGUGUAUCGGUGCGUGGUGAGUGUGUACGCCGGGAGGACCAACCCCGGCCCGUCUACGGCGGCCACGCUCACCCAGAAGUCCGAGGGAGUCACGGUCAACCUGAAGACCAAAGAUGUGCUGGUUUCAGUUGCGGCUCAGCUCCCUCGGGGCCCGCUGCUGAAGAGAGGCAGCACCAUCACCCUCAUCUGCAACGCCACCGUGACGACCACCGGCCCCGCCCAGGUGCAGGUCCAGUGGCUGCGGUGGCCAAUCCCCGGACCGGUUUUCAAGAGGGGACAGGGUUCAGCCGCUGACGCUGCCUCGUCGGAGCCCCCCCCGGAUGUAGUGAAACCCACACAGGUGGCUGCUCUCAUGUACGACGGCGUUGCGGCCAUCUACGCCAACGGCAGCGAGAUCAGCAUCGACCGCCUGUCAGCCAUCAGCUACAGGCUGAGGGUCCACGCCGCCACCACGGCGGAUCAGGGCAUGUAUGCGUGUCAUGCCGAGGCGUGGGGUCAGGACCCGCACGGAGGCUGGUACAACACGGGAGUCCGAGCGGAAUCGAACGCAGUGACCGUAUACCUGUACGCGAGAGCUGACGACCUCCUCCUCAUCCCUCUGGUCGUCGGCGUCUCCUCCGCCUUGUUCGUGGGCAUCGUCAUCAUCGCCACGGUGACCUGCUGCUUCAUGAAGCGCCUGGCGAAGCAGCGCGCCCGGAAGUAGGCGUGGUCUGAAGUCUGCUCCACCGCGAAGGGGCCGAGGCACAGAACACGACGGCUGAAAUGGCCAAGACGUAACUCCAAGACUGAGCGAAGUGAGAAAAGACUUUGUGACCUUCACAGCUCGUCUUCUCUGUUCUGACGUAAACAAUCAAUGCCAAAUGAUUCUGUUUUUCUAUUCUCUUCUAUUUUAUAUCCAAACCUCCUCUGGAAAACCAGGUAUUUUAGUGAGCGCUGCAUCGCACACCAAAACCACCAUUCCCACUCCUCCUCCUGGACUAGAGACCAGUUUCCUUGAUGGUCUAACCCACUUUCUUCUCUACCCCCUGGUCCAAGCUAAUCUUUCUGUUUAAACCAGAAAAAGGGUCAAAAGACAGAGGUCCGAUUUUGUCGAUGAGGUCAAACGUUUAGAUGUGAGUAACCGUACAGAGUUAUAGAUGUCCUCCUUAGAAGCGCUGGGUUCUAUUGUUGCAGUGAGAUGCUAAUGCUACAUAGUCAGAUAACGGUACUAGUUCCUUACAAAACAAAGACCGUUCUGUUUUCACAAGUUCCACUCGUCCCUUCCUGAAACUGCUUGUUUUCUUUUUAGCACAAAAACCCAACUCUGUCUAAAUGUAUGCGCAGCUUCCAGCACUGUCACAUGCUGGGGGGGGGGGGGGGGGGGCACUUAAUAUGAGCAGGGACCUUCCGGUGCUCGCGGCCCGGCACUGCUCUGCAUGUAAACAAACGGCUCUGUCUGUGACUUAAUAAGGAAGGUGCCGGCCGGGGACUUUCUGAUGCCAGGACCAAUUGAGAACCAAUUCUAAACACGAGCAUUCCUCGGCCCUGACUCCUCACACUGGAGAGUUUCUUUCUAAACGGACUUGUAUAGAUUCGACAAAGAGAAAUGGAGGAGAUCUCUAUUAUGCACUGAAUGAAAAAUGUAAAUACUCUAUGGAGUUUGGCUGUUUUAUUUUUCUUAAUGUAAGUGAGAGCGUGCUGCGGCGCCAUGUUUGCCGCUGACAGAGCACCUGUGUGUAACAGUCUGCAGCCGUCUGCUCUGCUCGCUUGAAGCACUUGGACCAAAGCCCCUUGGUUUCCUUCUUCUACUUGAUUGUCUUCCAGCUGAAAAGUCGUUUCUUUGUGUGUGUUUGUGUUUUUUUGUGCAAAUGAAUGGCUCCUGACCAAGAUAGAAAAAAAAAACUGUGAAAAAAAGAGCUCCCUGUUUGUUUCACAGGAAAACUGUUGUGUGUUUUUUUUUUUUUCCGUUUUGGAUUCUUGUCCCCGAGGCGAAGAUAUCCUGAGCACUGCAGUCAUAGGACUAGUGAAGCCUCACUGUGGUCUUGUCAUCAUCUAUCAUCAGGCCACACUUUUCCAACUGCCAAGGCCUCUUACGACUCCAGUCCCUGUCGCUGGCCUGUAACAAUCUGUGGGGCAGAUUCACUGUGUCUGUGAACUCCAUCCUCCUCUCCCUGUUCAAAGGAACACUUCGGUCAAUGUUCGGUCACUCAAGCGUUGCCGCAUUGUUUGAUAAAAGGUUUGAUACAUGUGGUUAUCCAGCUCACAGUGCUCGCAUUCUAAGUACUUCACGUCUUUCUUUUUUUUUUGGGGGGGGGGGGGGGGGGCAGUUGCUUGCACUGAGCUAAGACUACUUGUCUUAUCGUCUCUCCUCUGACUGUCUGUCCCCUGGUUGGUUUUCCACAGUGAGUCCCUGGAAAUCUGUCCUCCCUAUCCUGUGCUCCUUAACCCCCCCCCCCCCCGAAUAUUAAUAAUGUUCACGAACGUUUGGGAAUAAAAAUCACAUCUCCUGAGCCACUUUGUUCCAGAUCCACUACUCAAAGCUGAUUUGUCUCUUAACACAACCAACCCUCUGCAUGCCUACAAACACACACACACACAGAGCUAGAUGCUUGUGCACUCAGCAAUGGCAGGAUGGGGCUAGCUGGCAUUUCAGAUGGGAGUGAGUGAGUGAGUAUCUGCGUGUUCUUCUCUAAUCCCUCUUUAUAGCUGCAGUGUGUCCUGCUGCCCUUCCCCCUCUGUUUGUGUGUGCGUGUGUUUGUAAGUGUGCGUGUGUGUGUGUGUGUGUGUGGCUCAGUUCCCUGAGAAUUACAGCCAGCUGUAAAAAGUGUAGCACACAGCAUUCAGAGUCUGAAACCUGUCAAAGUUGUGCAUUUGUUUUCGAGAUGUUUUUUAAACUCCCUUUUUUUCCAUGUUGUAAAUGUUUAGUUUCUGAAUUGUUAACUUGCUUAAAUACCACUGCUCCUGAACGCAUCUCGCUGCCAUUGAAACGUAUCAACGCGGGUUACCGCUUGCUUUGUUUCUUACGGUGCUUUGGCAAACCUGCCAGUUGAUAAAACCAAUAAACCACUCUUGUCACUCAG